GGUACGACCAAUCUUUAGCGAAACAAAGUCUACUGUAUUUUUUCACAUAGGUCUAUUGUUGUUCGGAUUCAUUUUAAACUAAAUUGUUGCCUGAAGUGUUGGUAAAAAGGCGAAGACAUGUUCUUGAGGCAGACUUUGUAUCUGAACAGGCUACAAAUUAUUUGAGACUGAGAGCGUAUAUAAGUCUGAACAAAAGUUCUCCUGGACUGAGACAGAUCUGACGUUAAGGCAAGACAACGAUGGAAGCCCAUGGUAGUUCAGGUAACUCGAUCCAUCUCUCAGAGAUGAGGAUUGUGCUGCUGGGGUGGAUAGGUGCAGGGAAGAGUUCAUCAGGGAACAUCAUCCUGGGUAGAGAGGAGUUUAAACUGAGGACAGCUCAGUGUGUGAAGAGACUGGGAGAGGUAGCAGGGAGGCAGGUCACCGUGGUUGACACUCCAGGAUGGUGGAGGGAUUUCCCUGCAGAGUACACAACUAAGAUGGUUAAACAGGAGAUUGUACGGAGUGUGUCUCUGUGUCCCCCAGGACCCCACGCCCUCCUCCUGGUCAUACAAGGAGGGGGUUCAUUCACUGAGAAACACAGAUUAUCAGUAGAGAAACACCUGCAGCUUUUUAAUGAGAGAGUCUGGAGUCACACUAUAGUGCUGUUCACCUAUGGGGACUAUCUAGGAGACACAACCAUUGAGCAGCACAUUCAACAAGAGGGGAAGGCUCUCCAGUGGCUUGUUGAGAAAUGUGGGAACAAGUAUCAUGUCCUCAACAAUGAGAACAGGGGUGAUGGCUCUCAGGUCACAGAGCUGCUGGACAAGAUAGAGGAGAUAGUAGCAGGAAAAAGAGGAAGACAUUAUGAGAUCGGGAGAGGAAUACUGGACAAGUUAAGAAAGUGGAGGAGAACAAAAGAAGAAAAAACAAAAGAAAGACAGAAGGUGCCAAAACAGAGAGAGAUCCAUCAAACAAUAGGUGACUCUGUCCAUCUCUCAGAGCUGAGGAUUGUGCUUCUGGGGUGGAGAGGUGAAGGGAAGAGUUCAUCAGGAAACACCAUCCUGGGCAGAGAGGAGUUUGACCUGAGGACAACUGUUGAGUGUGUGAAGAGAGAGGGAGAAGUUGCAGGGAGACAGGUCACUGUGGUCGACACACCCGGAUGGAUAGGGAGUGUACCUGUAAAGGGCACUACUGAGCUGGUUAAACAGGAGAUAGUACGCAGUGUGUCUCUGUGUCCCCCAGGACCCCACGCCCUCCUCCUGGUCAUAGUGGGGGUGGCUUCAUUCACAGAGGAAGAUGCAAAAUCUGUAGAGCAACACAUGGAGCUUCUCAGUGAGAGAGUCUGGAGUCACACUAUAGUGCUGUUCACCCAUGGGGACAAUCUGGGAGAUACAACUAUUGAACAGCACAUUCAACAAGAGGGGAAGGCCCUCCAGUGGCUUGUUGAGAAAUGUGGGAACAGGUAUCAUGUCCUCAACAAUAGGAACAGUGGUGAUGGCUCUCAGGUCUCAAAGCUACUGGACAAGAUGGAGGAGAUGGUGGCAGGAAACAGAGGAGGACACUGUGAGAUGGACAGAGAGAUACUGGAGAAGAUACAGGAGAGAAGGAGGGCAGAGGAAGAACGAGCACAGGACAGGCUGGUGAAAAUGCACAAACAGAGAGAGACUCUCAGAUCACUAAUGGGUCACUGCCUCCAUCUCUCAGAGCUGAGGAUUGUGCUGCUGGGGUACCGUUACGCAGGGAAGAGUUCUUCAGGAAACACCAUCCUGGGCAGAAAAGAGUUUGACCAGAGGACAGGUGCUCAGUGUGUGAAGAGAGAGGGAGGAGUAGCAGGGAGACAGGUCACUGUCAUUGACACUCAAGGAUGAUGGAGGACUUGCCCUGUAGAGGACACUACUGAGAUGGUUAAAGAAGAGAUACUAUGCAGUGUCUCUCUGUGUCCCCCAGGUCCCCACACUGUCCUCUUGGUCAUACAGGGAGGGGGUUCAUUCACUGAGGAGGAGGCAAAUUCUAUAGAGCAACACUUGCAGCUUCUCAGUGAGAGAGUCUGGAGUCACAAUAUAGUGCUGUUCACCUGUGGGGACUAUCUGGGAGAUACAACCAUUGAGCAGCACAUUGAGACAGAAGGAAAAGCCCUCCAACAGCUUGUUGAGAAAUGUGGGAACAGGUACCAUGUCCUCAACAAUAAGAACAGUGGUGAUGGCUCUCAGGUCACAGAGCUGCUGGACAAGAUCGAAGAGAUGGUGGCAGGAAACAGAGGAGGACACUAUGAGAUAGACAGAGAGAUACUGGAAAAGAUUGAAAAGGUAGAACUGUGGAGAAGAACUUCAAUAGAGAAAGCAAAAGAAAGAAGGAUGAAGGUGCAGAAACAGAGAAAGAUCCACCAAACAUUUAUAUGGGAGUCCCUCCAUCUAACUGAGCUGAGGAUUGUGCUGCUGGGGUUUAGAGGUGCCGGGAAGAGUUCUUCAGGAAACACCAUCCUGGGCAGAGAAGAGUUUGACCUGAGGACAGCUGCUCAAUGUGUGAAGAGACAGGGAGAAGUAGCAGGGAGGCAGGUCACUGUGACCGACACUCCAGGGUGGUGGCGUGAUUUCCCUGUAGAGGGCACUAUUAAGCUGGUUAAAGAAGAGAUAGUACGCAGUGUGUCUCUGUGUCCCCCAGGACCCCACGCCCUCCUCCUAGUCAUAGUGGGGGUGGUUUCAUUCACAGAGGAAGAUGCAAAAUCUGUAGAGCACCACAUGGAGAUUCUUGGUGAGAGAGUCUGGAGUCACACUAUAGUGCUGUUCACCAGUGGGGACAAUCUGGGAGACACAACUAUUGAGCAGCACAUUCAACAAGAGGGGAAGGUCCUCCAGUGGCUUGUUGAGAAAUGUGGGAACAGGUAUCAUGUCCUCAACAAUAUGAACAGGGGUGAUGGCUCUCAGGUCACAGAGCUGCUGGACAAGAUAGAGGAGAUGGUGGCAGUCACCAGUGGAGAUGUGUUCUGCCUGGAGGGCAUCAGAGAUGAAGAGCAGAGUUCUGAGUGGAAGAUACCAUUUCUGCCUGAGAGGAGGAUUAGAAGCAUAGAUGAUCCUCCUUCUUUGAGUGGGGCCAGCAGAACAGAAACCACCAACAACUCUGAAGACAUAUCUGACUGGGGGUCAGAGACUGGAUCACGACCUGACGGGAGUGGCGGUGACGGAUCUGAGUGCCAAUCUCUGAGAAGCUCUGCACAUGACUCCGCCUAUGGCUCUGACACUUCCUGUCCGUCACGUCACCUGACCUCAGUGGUGAGAUCAGCCAGAUCUAGGACUGGUGUGAGGAAACACCUGCUGGCUGGAGCCACUCUGAGUUCUACACCAGAGGAACUUACUCCGACUGUAGUGACUCCAGAAACUGCAGUAGAACUCACAGAAACCUCAUACAGGCUCUGCUGCCCUCAAGCAGGCUUGUUCCAGUGCAGUCUGACUGGCCUCAUGUUCCUGAUGGAGGGCCAGGGGGAGGUGCUCUACAGGACUGUUCAAUGGGACCAAGGUCUGCUGUACUCCACAGGCCGCUCCCCUGCUGGACCCCUGUUCACCAUCGACUGUCUCCAGGGCUCUGUCUGUCAGCUGCACCUCCCACACUGUGAGAUUCUCUCUGGAGAGGGGCGUGAGGUGCUGUCUGUGGCUCAUGUUACUGGAGGCAGCAUGGAGCUCGUGCCUCCACUGAGGGUGACAGGAUCUCAUGUGGUGGUGGAUGUGACAGACCUGUCCCUGUGGGGCCUGGUCAGGUGGUUUCUACCCUCCCUCACCAUCAAGGGCCAGGUGCUCCUCUUCCUCCAGCAGCUGAGCCCCAUGUAUACCAUCCUCAACGUGAUGGUUCUGCCCAGCAACGUGCCUCUCUCUGAGGUGAAGGAGAAACAGGAGGGAACCACCUACCUGCGUGUCAGUUCUGACUGCCGGCUAGCUAAGGGGGACAGGUACAGUCUCACGUGUCAUCUGGAAGAGACACCCCGGAUACAACCAAAGUGUGUUGAGAUGGACUGGAGCUACGGAUCCAACUACCACCCCACAUUCCAGGUGUUCCUGCUCCCCGUCACACAAGAGGUGGAACUCAUUCUGUUGGAGGGGAGGCUGGAGGGGGUGGAGGUGUGGUCGGGGCUGGUCCCACUGACAGGUGCUGCUGUCACCGGGACGUCAACAUCUGAGGGACCGUCUCAGCGGGCUCAGAGUGAACAUGCGGAGCAGCAGCUGAAGGCUGUGAGGUCAGAGUUUGUGAAGCGUGUGUCGGUCCCUGUGCUCAACAGUCUAUUGGAUGAGCUCCGUCAGCAUGGAGUCAUCACGCAGGAAGAGGAGGAGUCUGUCAAGGCCAUCGCUGAGAGGGCGGAGAGAGCGCGCCACGUCAUCGACGCCGUGCUGAACAAAGGAGCUGAAGCCUGCCGCAUGAUGACAGUGUUCUUACUUGAGCAGGACUCCUACAUGAGCAAGAAGCUUGGUCUCAGUUAG